AUGCCGGCUCAUCUGUUGGUGGCCGAGAUGCUGGGUCUGGCGCCCACAGCACGUUUCCUAUCAGCUUUGUCCAAAACAUCAAGAGCCAGGGACGUCGUGGGGAGAUGGACGCGGCAAGGCCGCAACGUGCCGGUCACGUGGCGUGAAGGCAGCGGAGAAGAAGAAGACUCCACGGACGACGAAGAGGUCACCGUGCCCGUGCUUGAACAGUCUUCGCCUGCCGCAGCUGAGGUCGUGGAUCUCUUCAAGCAGGCGGUUGGCCUGCCCAGUGAUGCAUACCGGAUGAGACUAGAGGCCUCCCUCGCAGAUGCUUUGGGCACGUCGGGCGAUGUCCUUACUUCGUGGCGCCGUCUCAACGAGGGCAACGAGGCAGUGGACUUGGCCGUUUCAUGGCUAUACGCCAAGGAUAUAUGUAGCUCGGGCUGA